UCCGUUUCAAGAAUUAAAGAUGCCUACUUUUGUAAUUUCUCAUAAUUAUUAUUUAUAAACUGUGGAUUAUUUUUGAAAGUUGCUAAUAUGAGACGGCAUGAAAUACAGCCUCCUGGUAUUUAUCUGUUUGGAAGAAACAAUGGGUGGUUAUAUAACAGAAUACCAAGAUUUGCCUCACCGUAUCCCCAAGUACCGAUGUUACAUUACAAUGAGAUGGUUGCUCCUGUUCCCCGUGUAGCAAGACAUCCCCAAAGAAAAAUAUCUGAAGAUGUGAGUCCAUACCCUUUGCAUGAACUGGAAGAUGCUAGAACUGAGCUUAUUAACUACCUGUACUUCUCGAACAAUACAGGAACGAAUACGUUUUGUCGGAUAAGAGGCCUUGUAGGAAUCAUUCCUAACAGAUAUGGUGUGUUUCCACUUGCAGCAUCAAUGGAAGGUCAUGUGUCUUAUUGUGAACAGUCAACAUCACAGCUGUCAAAUCAGUUGCCCUUGCCUUCAGCUCCGCCACCAUUUAAUUUUUAUGACACUGGGCAAGUCUCAACACAAGAUGUUGAAGAGGAUGAUGAUUCAGUUCAAAAUGAUGUAAAUGAUGUUAGUUCAACACAAACUGUGGAGUCUGAUGUUCACAGUUCCACACAACAUGUGGAGAUUAAUGUUCACUGUUGAACACAAAAUGUGGAGAUUGGUUUUCACAGUUCAAUCCAAAUUGUGGAGAUUGAUGUUCACAAUUCAACCCAAAAUGUGGAGAUUGAUGUUCACUGUUAAACACAAAAUGUGGAGAUUGGUGUUCACAUUUCAUGACAAAAUGUGGAGAUUGAUGUUCACAGUUAACACUAAAUGUGGAGAUGUUUACAGUUCAGCACAACAUGUGGAGAUGUUCACAGUUCAACACAAAAUGUGGAGAUUGAUGUUCACAGUUCAGCACAAAAUACUGAGAAUGAAAGCAUUCCAACACAAACUGUUGAGAGUGACAACAAUUCAGUACAAAAUAUUAAAAAUGUCCAUACGACACAACAUGGAGAGCAAUGACCGUUCAAAACAAAAUGUUGAAAACCCCCACUUUUUUAUAAGAUGACAAUUCAAAACAAAUUUUUAAAGAUUUACCAUUUGAUGAGCAAAACAUCAAACUCAGUAUACAAAUAAAUUUAAAGGCAUAUUCGGGUGUUGUUUACGUGCACAACUGCUGGGCAUAUACGAGACAAAACUCUGGUAGCUUGUUGAAUUGGUAUAACGUCAGUAGGGCAUAUUACAAUGACAUCACUUUUCAUCUCCUUACAAUAACAAUAAACUGGGUGCAUGAUUUCCAUCUUCAAAAUGCCGGGGAAAUUCCAAUACAAAAUGUUUAUUGAAAAUAUUUUGUUUGAAAAUUACUAAUGCACCUGAUUGUGUAAGAAGAAAAUCUUAUAAUUAAAUAUUUUUUUAAAAACUACAGAAUAUCGAAAACAAGGGUUGAAAAAGUGACUUCUAUCUUAAACUUACUAACUGGUGACAUUGACACGGUCAACGGAUCGUAGACAUGGGUCCUAAUUGCGAGUGUAAUGGAUGGCUACUUGAGUAUUAUGUAAUACUGACCUAAAUCAAAUUAAUACACAAUUACAUACAGGAGCAAAUGCAUGAUUUUUUUAGGGAGGGGUGCAAUAUUUAAAAAGUGCAACUACAGUAUUCAAAAGUAUACUAAUGUAAUCUUCCAUGAAAAUAUCAAGUUGAGCAAGAUAUUGGAUGUUCCCCCACUAAAUUCCAAUAAAUGCAAUGUAUUCAUGUGCUAUACAUUAAUUGGGGGAUAAACAUCCUCUCUUUGUUCCGCGCAUUACAUACAUGUGUUAUAAGAUGCUUUCUGGUCUAUUUGUAGAGUUGUAUACAUUUUAUUAUUGUUAGAAAUGUUGAUAGUUACACAAGACAGUGUUAUUGCAUUUUGCAUUACAUGUUGGAAAAAAAAGGGGGUUUUGAAUUGUUUUUUUAAAUAGCCCGGUGACCUAUCUUUUUUAUUUAAUUUUUAGUAAAUAGACAUGCUAGUAUUUUUUAUACAGAUUUGUGGGAAUUUUUGAGUGGUGAACAAAAUUAUAUAAGCCAAAAUGUGCUAAUAAAAUAUGAAAUUGUAGUUUAAAUACAUAUAUUGAAAUAACUCGACAGUUUUGUCAAAAACAUACAAACGUUAAUGGAUAUUACAUUGUACCAAAAUAAUUUCUAUAAUACACAAAAUAUACAUUAAAUUUGACAUGUAUUUCAAUUGAAAAACUCUUUAUUAAGUAUGGAUUUUAAGGUGUUUGUUUAUUCACAAAAUAGGAGAAAAUUACACGAUGUUCGAGAUGUGUACAAAAAAAUCUAGCUUGGUGACACCCCAAUUUUUUGGCAGAUAUGUGUUUUGAUAUGCUUGUAGAAUAAUAAGUACCCACUAAAGUGCCUGUUUUUCAAUGUGUCUGGUAAAGGCAACUUUAAAAAGUCACAAUACAAAAAAAUCGCAGAGUCAUUUUCACUGCAUUUAUUUUUAUCUCACAUCAAUUAAACUGCAGAGAUUGGCAUUUGUUUUGAAUGGGGGCGGAAUGUAACCCCAUGGUAAAGCGCUCACUUGAUGCGCAGUUGGUCUAGGAUCAAUCCCCGUCGGUGGGCAGAUUGGGUUGUUUCUCAUUUGAGCCAGUGCAUAACAACUGGUAUAUCAAAGGCUAACUGAUGAUUAAUAAAUCAAUGUGCUCUAGUGGUGUCAUUAAACAAAACAAACUUCAACUUUUGGCUGUUUGUUUUGAGUGUCAAAUCAGUGAAAGACAGCCAUGUUUUGUUAGUUGGUAGUAGUUUCCUCCAUCUCUUAUGCAGAGCACUGAAGAAAUUAAAUUGUAUGUAGCUAACAUGGUAAAUGUACAUACAUAGUAUGAGCAACAAUUCAUGGACAGUUAAUUUUGUUUGACCAAAACACAUUUUAAGUUUGUGUUUUCUUGUUUGUUACACGAUUACUAUUUAAUGACAUAAAAUAGUAUUUUAAUUCUGACAGACCCAAACCACAUGUUUGGCAUUUGUUUUGUUUUCUUCUUCUUUGUAUUUUAUUCUAAGUGGUUGAUGAAAAAUAUAAUGUGUCUUGUAAUUAUUGUGCCAAUAUAUUGCUUGCAUUGUUUUGUCAGUUGCACUGGUACUAGUACUGUUUUAUUAAUUUUGUUUCUAAUCAUAAUUUCCAUCGGUUCGUUUCAUCAAGCAGACUAUUGAAGAAUGUUGAAUGAUGUUUUGGGGGAGAUCUUUAUAAUCGAGACCAAUCAUAUUUACAAUACUGUUACAUUUGUUCAAUUUAAAAAUAUUCUAGCUUGAGGUAUGAGUUAUUAUGUAAUAAUAAUACUGUAUAGUAUCGUAAAACAUUAAAAAUGUUAAACUGAAACAUGUGUAACAAGCACAGAUGUUAAAGGCACCGAUCCGUGUUAUUAGGCAGUGUAACAUGUUAGGCUAUACAUGUAGUAUUACAGUGGGGUUUUUGUGUUUUUUAAUUACCCAUUAUUAUUUAUAACUCCUUGCUUACUUCAGCUGUACUAUUACAUACUUUAUCUUGUGGUUUUGUGUAUGUUUUUAAGUCUUUGCAUUUUAGCAUCUAUUUUAGCAUCUAUUUUAGAAUGGUUUUUAGUUAGUGAUAACAUUUGUUGAGUAUUAUUUUAUUUGUUGUCUGUUACCAAUUGGUAUGUCAUUGAAUGACGUAAUAUAUGAAAUAAUAAUAGAAAAAUUUAAGAAUUGGUUGUAUGAAAUAAUAUUAAAAAUUUUAAGAAUUGAUUAAACAGAAAUACACACACUGGUGUAGCCAGAAUUUCACACCAGAUUUAGUAUUAAAAUGUGUAACCUGUAUUCCAUUAUGUUUAUAUGACCACCAGGCGUUUGUAAGGUUUACUGAUGAUUAUAAUCUGGAAGUUAUCAUGGUCAGGGACAGGAUUUAGCUCAGUCGGUCGAGUGCUCACUUGAGGUGCUUGCGUCGGUGGAUCCAUUCAGCUGAUUAGGUGUUUUCUCGUUCCAGCCAGUGCAUCACAACUGGACAAAGACCAUGGUAUGUG